UAUAGAGGAUCCCUUUCUUGAAACGCCAGUAAUCGUGUCUAGUCUUGCCACGAACCAUUGCGGUCGGAGGUGUCUCCUAUCCUCGUACCGGCGUACUACUCAAAGAGGCCUCGCUGUUCAACCUGCCUGCAGUAGAUUCUGACAGUAUUCCCGUGUCUUUUAAACGACAGUAAAAAAUUCUCAGAAUAAGCUUUCAAAUUUCGAGAGGAAAAAGUCGAAGGAAAACCAAGUCGACGGCUCAUUAAGUUCAUGUGUUACGACGUACGACGAGAUGAAGCUCACGCAAAAGUGUUUCGGGAACAUCAGCAAGAUGCUGGAUUUUUACUCGCAAUUCAACCCCUCGCCGCUUUCGAUAAAACAGUUCAUCGAUUUCGGUCUAAGUGCCUGUGAGAGGAAGUCUUUUAUAUUCUUAAGGAAGGAGCUACCUGUCCGAUUGGCCAAUAUUAUGAAAGAGAUCCAUUUGCUACCAGAGAAUUUGUUGAAAAUGCCUAGUAUGGGUAUAGUUAAUAACUUGUAUGCCACUUCGUUUGAAGAUAUCAUGCAGUUCGAGAAGGUUGAAGUGAACGAGACCACUUUAGACAAUUCGCUUCUGCCUCAUAGAUUCUGUCAGACUUUGGUUAAAAUCCGCAACAGACACAAGGAUAUCGUGGAGACGAUGGCGCAGGGUGUGCUGGAAUUGAAAGAAGCCCACGACGUUGAUGUUCAAACGGAGAACAACAUCCAGUAUUUCUUGGACAGAUUUCUAAUGUCCCGAAUCUCCAUUCGUAUGCUCAUCAACCAACACACUCUUCUGUUUGGCAGUGAAUUGAAUGGGCACAGUACACACGUGGGAUCCAUAGACCCGUCUUGCGAGAUUAUCAGCGUUGUGAGAGACGCGUAUGACAAAGCGAGAUUGCUGUGCGAUCAAUAUUAUCUGGCUAGUCCGGAAUUGAUAGUCCAGCAACAUAACGAGCUGGAACGAUGUAGUCAAAUUAGAAUAGUUUACGUACCGAGCCAUUUGUUCCAUAUGCUGUUCGAACUUUUCAAGAACAGCAUGCGAGCUAUUAUGGAGCAUCAUAGCUCUAGCGAGGAGUACCCGGCGAUAGAAGUGAUCGUGUCCCGCGGCGAAGAAGAUAUUUGCGUCAAAAUGUCUGACAAAGGUGGUGGUAUUCCACGCUCGCAAAUGGACCAUUUGUUCAAGUACAUGUACAGUACUGCGCCUAAGCCAACCAGAACCGAUGCUCACACCGUUCCACUUGCUGGAUACGGCUACGGUCUUCCAGUAUCACGAUUAUACGCUAGAUAUUUCCACGGUGAUCUCGUGCUGCAAAGUUGCGAUGGUUAUGGUACCGAUGCUAUUAUAUAUCUUAAGGCAUUGUCGAACGAAGCCAACGAGCUGUUACCAAUCUUCAACAAGACUUCCUCCAAGUUUUAUCGAACUCAAGUAUCAACCACCGACUGGAGCAGUCAUUGCGGUGGUGGAAUGGCCACGAGGCAACUACGUAUGAGCCACGACCAAGGGCACAAACUGCCACGUGGAAAGGAGAUCAGUCAUUGCUAGUAAAAUUCCUUGUCUAUGGACCAAAGAAAGGAGAAUGUUUCAGUGUUUCCUUUGUAACGAGGCGUUCUGCUAAUGAGCACUGACAUAAUCGGCGGAACGUCGUGAGACGGAGCAGCUGCUUCUGCUGUAGGUGAUUCGGAAGAAGCCUCGCGACUUUCGUCUUACAAUUUGUAGAGAAGUAGCAGGGAUUUACGUAAUCCGGUACAUAUUUUUCACGACAAACUAGACAAACUAAAAAAAAAGAAAACUAGAUAACUGGCCGUGAUAGCUGCAGUGACGCUAUUGCUUCGUCAGGAACGUCAAGUGUCUGAUUGCUCGUUGUACAACGCCUACAUAUCACGUUUAUCAAAAUUCGAUUGUACUUCGCGCGUUUCCAAUCUUUUUCUAUUUUCUUUUAUUCUUUUUUUCAGUUCAUUGUGCGUUAGUACUGCAAAAUGAUGAAAAUGAUUAAAUGUAUGGGGCACCCGGAUACCUGAGAAGGUUGGUUUUUUUAACAUUUAGUUUCUCCUCGGCUCUGUUAUCUCAUUACGUGAUUUUAAUUAGUAAAAGAGGAUUUUACAAGUUACCAAACUGUUUAGGCAAGAAGAUUUGAAAUUGUAGAAUUUACCUGGGCACCCCAUCAAGAUCAUUUUCUUCUUUUAUACCUAUAGAUACACGUGUUUAAUGCUUUUAUUGAGCCAGCAUUUUAAUUGUAUAAUUAGUUUUAUUGUAUAUAACUGCUUUUAUUCGAGCGAGAAAAUGUGCAAACGUACGUUUGGCUGAACUUCGUGAUCGAUCGAUACGAAAGCGAGGAGGAAUUUUCCACUCGUUAGGGAGAAUUUUUAUAGGAGGAUGCCACAAAAUGUGAACUGUGAUUUGAUGCGUAAUUUUAGUUAAAUGUAGCUAGGCGAACUUCGAACCUGUUAAUGUACCAUGUUAUCCGCGUCUGUGAAUGUUAAACUGUGGUAAAGAAACGAAGAGGGAGAUCGAUAAAUUAACGAUUCCUUAGACGUGCGAAUUAGAUAAAAAUGAUAUGCGAGUCGGGACGACUGGCUGAAAAGGAUAAUGAACGAUGAUAUUGAUAUCUAGCUUCAAUUUCGGGAAAGUAUUUUGUAUACCGUGUAACAAGCAACAGAGAAAUUCUUAAAGAGCACUUUCAGGUGCCCCAGUUUUCAAUGGAAUUUUUAUAAGACUAAGCGAAAACAAAGAUUUGUACACGCAAUAAAUUCCUUUCCUCGCAAACACCGUCAGUUUCGUACGUGUUUCGUUUAUAUUCUAAGGUAUUUUACAUGCAUUUCGUCAUGAACGUGUUUUAAUUCAGCCAAGAAGGAACUCGAAAAGAUUUAAACUGAUGCAAUAUCGUCACGUUCGUGUAGGAUCUUCUUUGUCAACUUUCUGUUUUCGAAUGCGAAGCGAUAUAACAUCGCCCCUGUAUAUUUUAUCCGAAAUCAUGUAAUAAAGACUUCUGUAUAUGUUUGUAAAGAGUAAA